AUGGCGUCUCACAUAUUCGAGCCAUCGGGCUCUCUGGAAACGGAUGCCCAUCUGCGCUUGAUUCAGAAAGUCGACUGGGCUGCUACUUCAUUAGGUCCUGUCGAUGACUGGCCACCGGAGCUCUUACUCCUGUUCCAUCUGAUUAUUCUGGAUCCGCAACCUCGGAUACUUGUUCUUGGCCCUGAAUACUUGCUUCUAUACAAUGAAGCGUACGCCGAGUUCAUCGGCGAAAAGCAUCCCGCAGCCAUCGGACGACCUAUGCAGAUCGUUUUCCCAGAGACCUACGAAUUGGCGUUAUCUGAUUUGGAUAAAGCCACCAGUACUGGUAGACCAUAUAUCAAGCGGGAUGUUUGCUUGCCAAUGAUGAGAGGCGGGCGUCUGCUCGAGAUUCACAUGUCCUGGGUGUUUGUGCCUUUUCCUAAGAAAAGCGGCUCUCUUACUGGAACUUCGGUCAUUCUUCGUGAUGAGACCGAGAAACGCUUGUCGGACAGAAGGCACGAAACCUGUCAAAGCUUGGGUUCCUCCAUCAACUUAGCUACAGACAUGUCUUCCUUGUGGAAAACCAUACUUGAAAGCUUAUCUAAGAGAGAACACGAUUGUCCUUUUGCUCUCCUUUACGCACGCGAGGCUGAGGCCGGUGAUAAUGGCGAGUUAGUUUUCCAACUGAAAGGCUCCGUUGGAAAUAUUGCAAACGACUUCGGAGCCACGAAUGUGCUCAGCCUGAACGGAACUAGCAAAGAUCGUCUCACCCAAAGUUUGAGCUCAGCUGUGACAACGGAAGAUUCAAUUCUUCUGACAACGGACGAGGGCACCUUGCCAGAGUCUUGGUCGAACGCAGCACGAACACGUAGCUGGGGAGAUGCUUGUACAGAAGCUGUGGUUCUUCCUCUCCAGUCCACUCGGUAUCACAAAGUGAGGGCAUUACUGGUUCUAGGAGUUUCUACUCGGACGAAUUUCGACACUGCGUACAAGAAUUGGAGCGAGGAGCUGCGUAGAACCAUCGGAAGCUCCAUCCACUCGCUCAGAAGGAAGGAAAUUGCAGCGCUCGAACUCGCCCAGCGAGAGAAGAAGGCCAAAACAAUAAGCGCUAAAUACAGUCAUCUCGUCAAGGUUAUGGAGCUUAGCGAUGUUGGCAUCUUUAGCUGCGAUAAGGAGGGAAACCUGCUAGAGGCCAAUGAUUCCUGGUAUCGACUUUCAUUGGUUCCUCGACCGAGUGCAUCGGUUCCUGCAUUUCAAUGGCUGGAAUAUGUUCACGACGACGAUAAGGAGUUGGUCAUGAAUGGUUUCAACAGUAUGCUCCUUGGUAAACCAGUCACUUAUCAAAUGAGAUGGAAGCAUCCAGAUCGGCCUGAAGGUCGCUGGAUUCUUGCCGUAUGUCUUCCUGUCAUGGACGAGCACGGCAACAUCGUCAGUGUUGCUGGGUGCACAACUGAUAUUGAUGCUCAAAAGAGGGUUGAAAAUGAUGCUCUCCAAGCACUGCAAGCCCUUGAACGAGCGAGUGCCAGCGAGCAACGAUUUGUUCGUUUUACUGCCAGCUCUCCAGUAGCUGUACACAUCAUCGAGCUGCCGAGCAGAGCGAUCAGCUUCUGUAACAGUGCUUGGUUUGAGAUGUUGGGCAUCGCACCUGUACCUGUCAGUCAAUUGGACUCUUCCUGGACCGAUGGUAUCCUCGAACAGGACCUGCCAACAAUCAGAAGCUCAUUCCAACGAAUAUUGACCACACACGAACCUCAGACGAUACAAUUCAGGUUUCGUCGAAUGUUUCUUAGUGGUGAUGGACAUCGAUACCAAUCAUGGGGUUCGUCUGUAUCCCAUCCCGAAUUGGACGAGCACGGUGCAGUCAAGGCUAUCAUGACAACUACAACGGACAUCAGCCACUUGAAGUGGGCAGAGAAUGUGCAGAAAUCCAGAGUCGAAGAAGCCCUCGAAGCCAAGCGUCAGAACGAGGUUUUCAUCGACAUGACUUCCCAUGAGAUCAGGAAUCCUCUUGGAGCAGUCGUGCACUGUGCUGAUGCCAUAGAUGAGUCUCUAACAGAGAUAAAGUCCAUCAUGAACACAUCACAGGCUUUUGAAGAUCAAUCGGGCCAGCGUCUACACGAACUGGUUGCAAGUAGUGCAGAAGCUGUGCAAAUCAUCACGUCGUGUUCCAGUCAUCAGAAACGGAUCGUCGAUGAUCUUCUAACUUUGUCCAAGCUUGACAGCAACCUUCUAGAGAUAAACCAGUCUCCAAUUCGUGCCACAAGUAUCUUGGAUGACAUGCAACGCAUAUUUGAAAUAGAGGCUGGUCGUGCGGACAUUGAGCUUCAAAUUCAAGCCGAUCCCUCGAUCCUAGCGAUGAACGUCGACAACGUUAUGCUUGAUACCGGACGAGUACAUCAAAUCCUGAUCAAUUUGAUCACCAACGCAUUGAAGUUUACGAAAGAUCAACCGAAGCGACGCGUUGCUAUCACCAUGGGCUCCUCGAAGAAGCGUCCUUCAGAAGGCAGCCUGUCUUCGACCAUAGACUUUGCAUUGCCACAUACCCUAAGCGAUACUGUACGCGAGUCUGAAGCGCUAUGCACGGGUCCAGAAACGUAUUUUAUCUGGUUUACCGUGACGGACACAGGAAGAGGCAUCAAGCCCGAGGAGAAAACCAAGCUUUUCUCGCGUUUCCAACAGGCAUCUCCGCGAACAUAUAGCAAAUAUGGCGGUUCGUACAACAAUCACUAUCAAAUCAAAGCAUUCCCAAAACUUACACGUAUCUCAGGAUCAGGGUUAGGUCUUUAUAUCAGCAGAGAACUCGCAGAGCUUCAAGGUGGCGAGAUCGGAAUCGCAACCGAACUCGAUGUUGGGUCGACGUUUGCAUUCUUCGUAAAGACACGCUCGGCCGCACCGCCAGCAGAACAACGACCCAAGAGCGAGCUUCCUCUACGUCCCCAUAGCGGAAAUGCUCAAGCAAGCUUCAGCGCGGAGACAUCACAGAUCCAUGUCCUAGUGGCGGAAGACAACGCAGUGAAUCAAAAAGUACUCAAACGACAACUCACAAACAAAGGAUAUGUGGUCUGGACAGCAGACAAUGGCCAAGAAGCCGUUGACUUUCUGCGCCAGACCAAGUAUUGGAACAAACUCACCAACUCUACUACAACAGACGUUUCACAAAAAGAACUCCAUGUCAUCCUCAUGGACACUGAAAUGCCAGUUAUGGAUGGUCUCACCGCGGCGAAAACGAUACGCGAAAUGCAGAGGAGCGGCGAGUUGAAGGGCCAUGUGCCUAUACUCAGUGUCUCGGCAAAUGCAAGGCCUGAACAGACUAGUAUGGCUAUUGCGGCAGGCAUGGACGACUCGAUUAGCAAGCCGUUCAGAAUUGCAGAUUUGACUCCCAAGAUUGAUCGGCUUGCUGAUUUGGCUCAUGCUACUUAG